AUGAUACCGAGUUUUGGAGAUUCGGGCUGUGAAGUUCCAGCAGAAACUCAAAUGCUCCUCUUGGAAACAAGAGAAAAAUCCACUGUCCAAAAUGGGCUAUCUAAGCCAACAACUGAGAACAGUUUGUACAUUCUGUUAUUACCAGUCUUGGAUGGACCAUUCAGGGCUAGUUUGCAAGGGAACACUGUAAAUGAGCUUGAAUUUUGCAUCGAAAGCGGAGAUCCCAUUGUCCAAACCUCCCAAAUACUGGCAAAGCACAAAGGUACAUUCAAUCAUGUAGAAAACAAGAAGAUACCAGCACAUGUGGACUGGUUUGGAUGGAGCACCUGGGAUGCAUUUUAUCAUAAAGUUGAUCCUGAAGGAAUUGAGAAGGGGCUUAAAAGUCUUUCAGAAGGAGGCUUCCCCCCAAAAUUUCUUAUCAUUGAUGAAGGAUGGCAGAACAAAGUAAUGGAAGUUGAAGCUGAUGAGACUGAUUCACCUUAUCAUGCCACGUCUGUGGACAGAUUGACAAGCAUAGAAGAAAAUGAUAAGUUCAAGGGCUUCCGGUCAGGAAAGUCAUAUGCUAAUCUCCGUGAGUUUGUAAAGUUCAUCGAAGAGGAAUAUGGACUGAAAUUAGUAUAUGCGUGCCACGCUUUAAUUGGUUCGUGGGGAGGGGUACUUCCAACAUCUGAAGAAAUGAGGAAAUACGACCCCUGGAUCAAACACAUAGUUCAGUCCCCAGGAAACGUGAGUCACGUUAUCUGUACAACCCUUGGCCCCAUGGAGAAAUAUGGGAUUGGCAUGAUUGCCCCCUCAAAUAUUUAUAGGUUUUAUGACGAUCUUCAUAGCUACCUUGCAAGUUGCAAUGUAGAUGGAGUUAAGGUGGAUGUGCAGAAUGUACUGGAACUUCUUGGUUCUUGUUAUGGAGGCCGUGUAGCAUUGAUGGGGCGGUACCAAGAAGCCCUUGAGGAAUCUCUCAAGCAGGGUGCAGCUACUAGGGUAUCAGAGGGUUUCAUGCAAAUGGAGCCAACAUUUCAGACCCUACGUGUUGCUGCUGUAGCUUUUAACAGUCUUCUCAUGGGAGAGAUUGCUGUUCCAGAUUGGGACAUGUUCUUUAGUGACCAUUACACAGCUGAGUUCCAUGCUGCAGCAAGGGCACUGGGGGGAUGUCCAGUAUAUGUACAACUCAGGAGGAGCCAUUGA